AUGUCGGGAAACGAUCGAACCGAUAGCAACCUGCUUGCAAAAGCUAACCCUGAUACCAAUAAUAAAGGCAAGAGUAUUAAGGAGUUUAUAAAUCUUUUUAAAAGCUCAAAGCCAGAUACCACUACUCAGACAGACCAGAUCACGUCUUUCGAGUUGAUUAAUAAAGUUCAAGCAGAAAAAAAUAUUUCUCUUGAGCAAAUGUUGUCCGCUGUAGAAAAUCAGGUUCAAAAAAGAACUAAGGAAGUUGAAGCUGCCUUGGCGACCAGCCGAGAAGCCUUUCAGAGCCAAAAUCUGUAUGUGCAAGAAUUAGAAGCAAGUAAUAAAAAGUUGAUGGCCGAGAUGAAUGUUAAGAAAGUGCCAGAGACAUCAAGAACGCACCUCGAAGAGAUUGCAGGAAAAGAUAAUCUCAUCCGCUCCUUACAAGAUGAUAAGAAGAAUUUAAAGGCGGAAGUCGAAAGUAUUCAAGCAAAGUUAGGCCAGCUUGAAGACGAACUGGAUAAACUUGAGCGUGUCAAUCGUGAAUCCACGUCUCGAAUUCAGCAUUUCGAAGUAGAGCUUACUCGCGCCAACGACCAAAAGGAAACUUGGAGGAAGAUGCAUGAAAUAGCCAAAGAACGUGCACAAGAAAGCAACCGCAUCAAGUAUGAUAAGUCAAAUCACGAUAAGACCAAGCAAGAACUUGCACAUAUCAAGGAACAACUUGUAAAGUCAGCGGCAGACUAUACGAUGUCCCAAGGAAAACUGGAGAAGUUGCAAAGUGCUUUUCGUGAUUUAAAAUCCGAAAGCAAUAAAAUCCAAAAGAAUCGUGACGAAUUACAACAACGCGUUGAUGAUUUGAUCCGUUCCAAGGCCCACAACACCGCAGCAAUGUCCUUCUCUGAACAAAAAACCACCGAUACCAACCCUGCUCUUGUCACCAAGAUUCACGGUUUGAAGGCAAGCAACCUCAUGUACAAAGACGAGAACAAAUAUUUGAAAGAACGAGUUUGUAAACUGACGAUGGCCUUGAGCAAAAACCAGAAUUUGGAUGACCUCUUGAAGUCAGGUUCAUCAGACGAUGAAACAGGCAACAUGGUAGACUACAUGCAUGACAAAUCACCAAGAGAAUCAAAGUCGAAGAGACACUCUUCUAUCUCAUCACAUCAGCCUACUGAUUCUGGUAUGAUCCCGUCCCGCUCAGUUAAAUCAACUUCGUUGUUGAAUACAGCUUCCUCGCACCAAACACCUAAACUGUCGGAACCUUCUGUUAAUCCUGCUCGUGGACUCAAUGUGGCUCUUGGUAAACCAGCUGUCGCCACCCAGCAAGGUCUGGCCAGAUCAGCAUCCAGAUUAUCUCCCCCCGUACCAGCACAAGUCCUUCCAGCACGGCCACCCAUCCUAGCUGUUGUGCCUAAGGAUAAGAAGAAGGACAAUCGGUUGACGAAGUUCAUAAACAGCCGCAAUCCUAGUAAAGUGAUCGAUAGCCGACCCAUCAUACUUCCAGUGCAUAAUCGACCACCUACUACGGAAGAAAGGAGGGCUAAAAAGACCAAAAUGGAUACGUGA